AUGGCAGCAACAGUUACUGAGGCUGUAUAUAACCACAGUGUGUACCACAGUGGCACCAAGCCUUCCCUGCAUGCUGCGAUAGAGACUUUCAACUCCCGAAAUGUCCAACACUACAUCAACACUGUUAUCAGAGACUGCUUUCUCAAGCACAGAGUAGAGAAGGCCUUCAGUGCCUGCAUUCUCCACAGACACUUCGACCUCAACCCCGGCGAACGUAAUAUUGAAGAAAAUGGCCAAGCAGUCGCGUCGACGAAUCUGAACAAUAUUCACGCCUGUAGCUGGCUGUUUCACAACGAAAAGCUAUUCCCAUACGAGUUCAAGCGUGGAGGACCGUUGCCAAAACCUCCAGCGGAGUUUAUCACGGAACUGGGAUCGUUACUACAGUCCAACGACCUGUGCGACAUUAUUGGAGUGCAGGUGUACGAGGAUGGUAUUGUAGGAAUGGAAAGCACCGACCACGCGAAAAGGAUCAGCACAACAAUAAACUAUCCUGAGAUGGCACCAGAGCUUAAAGAGCGCAACGCAAAAAUCGCGUCGUUCGCUUUUUUUUAG